AUGUCUGAAACAGUGAGAGGAGGGGAUGAGCUGAUGAGGUCCAUGAGCAGGAAGGGGAGCUUCGCGUCGGCUAGCAGGAAAGGCUGGGCUUCUGCAAGUUUACGCGAGGCGUUUGGGGCGCCAGAUGUGUUUCAGAAGAGUGGGAGGGAGGUGGAUGAUGAGGAGGAGCUGAGAUGGGCUGCUCUUGAGAGGCUGCCAACUUAUGACAGGAUGAGAAAGGGGAUUUUGAAGCAAGUUUUGGAUAAUGGGAGGGUUUUUCAUGAGGAAGUGGACAUUGGGCAUAUGGGGGUGCAGGAUAAGCAGCAGCUUAUGGAUAGUAUACUCAGGGUUGUUGAUGAGGAUAAUGAGAGGUUUCUUCUGAGGCUUCGGGAUCGAAUUGAGAGGGUUGGAAUCAAGACUCCAGAAGUUGAAAUCAGGUUUGAGAAUUUGUCAGUUGAAGGAGAUGCCUAUGUUGGGAGCAGGGCUCUUCCCACUUUGCUGAAUGCUACCAUUAAUUCAUUGGAGGGAAUCCUUGGACUCUUGAGGCUUUCACCUUCUAAGAAACAAGCUGUCACAAUAUUAAAUGAUGUUUCUGGGAUUGUAAAACCAUCAAGGUUGACAUUGCUUCUGGGACCUCCAGCCUCUGGGAAGACAACAUUGCUAAAGGCACUUGCAGGGAAAUUGGAGAAAGAUCUCAGGGUGAAGGGGAAAGUCACUCAUUGUGGCCAUGAAUUGAAAGAGUUUGUGCCUCAAAGAACAGUGGCAUACAUUAGUCAGAAUGACCUCCACCAUGGUGAGAUGACAGUGAGGGAGACAAUGGACUUUUCGGCGCGCUGCUUUGGAGUUGGCAGUAGAUAUGAACUGCUAGCAGAGCUAUCAAGGAGAGAAAAAACUGCAUCAAUCAAGCCAGACCCUGAGAUAGAUGCAUUCAUGAAAGCCAUAUCGAUAGCGGGGCGAAAGACUAGUCUGAUCACUGACACUGCUCUCAAGAUUCUUGGGCUGGAUAUCUGCUCUGAGACAGUGGUGGGAGAUGACAUGAGAAGGGGCAUUUCAGGUGGACAAAAGAAGCGUGUUACAACAGGUGAAAUGUUGGUUGGGCCAGCAAAAGUGUUUCUAAUGGAUGAAAUCUCCACAGGCCUCGACAGUUCCACAACGUUUCAGAUUGUCAACUACAUGAGACAGAUGGUUCACAUCAUGAAUGUGAGCAUGGUAGUGUCUCUCCUUCAGCCUGCCCCCGAGACCUUUGAUCUAUUCGAUGACAUUAUUCUGUUAUCCGAGGGGCAGAUUGUGUACCAAGGUCCACGGGGGCAUGUUCUCGAGUUCUUCGAGAGUGUGGGGUUCAAAUGCCCCGAGAGGAAAGGGGUUGCAGAUUUUCUUCAAGAGGUGACCUCAAAGAAAGACCAGGAGCAGUACUGGUCCAAGAAGAACAUGCCAUAUCGAUACAUCUCUGUGCCCGAAUUCGUUAGGCACUUCUCCUCGUUCCACACUGGCCAGAAGCUCUAUGGUGAGCUUGGAAUUCCAUUUGACAGAAGUAGAGCCCACCCUGCAGCACUGGUGAGGGAGAAGUACGGGAUUUCCAACAAGGAGCUCUUCAAGGCCUGCCUGUCUCGAGAGUGGCUGUUGAUGAAACGUAACUCGUUUGUGUAUAUAUUCAAGAUUUUUCAGAUAACCAUCAUGGCAAUCUUCACCUUCACAGUGUUCUUCAGAACGAAAAUGCCUUAUGGUGAAGCAGAAGAUGGGAGUAAAUUCUAUGGUGCACUCUUUUUCAGCCUCAUAAACGUAAUGUUCAAUGGGAUGGCCGAGCUUGCACUCACCAUUUUCAGACUUCCCGUCUUCUUUAAGCAAAGGGAUUCCUUGUUUUACCCGGCUUGGGCGUUUGCUUUGCCUAUCUGGCUUCUCAGAAUCCCGGUUUCCCUGAUAGAGUCUGGGAUAUGGAUCCUCCUCACUUAUUACACUAUCGGUUUUGCUCCUGCUGCUGAUAGGUUCUUCCGACAGUUCUUGGCAUAUGUAGGCAUCCAUCAGAUGGCUUUGGGCCUGUUUCGUUUCAUCGCAGCCCUUGGAAGGACACAAGUUGUUGCCAACACACUUGGAACCUUUACUUUGUUGUCGGUUUUUGUCCUAGGUGGUUUCAUCAUUGCCAAAGAUGAUCUUCAGCCAUGGAUGAAAUGGGCUUACUACCUUUCUCCCAUGUCAUAUGGGCAGAAUGCAAUUGUUAUUGUUGAGUUUCUUGACAAAAGAUGGAGCAAGUCCAACAAUGAUACAAGCUUCCCUGGGAGUACAGUAGGAAAGGAACUUCUUAAAGCAAGAGGGAUGUUCACAGAGGACCAUUGGUACUGGAUCUGUGUCAUUGCGCUGUUUGGCUUUUCGUUGUUUUUCAACCUGUGCUUCGUUGCAGCACUGACAUACCUAAACCCUCUUGGAGAAACCAAAUCCAUUGCAGCAAAUGGGGAAGGCGAUCAGUGCAAGGAAAAGAAGACGAAAAUGAUCACAGAGAGAAGUUCGGCUUCUACUGCUGCAAUGAUUGCAGAAGACACCACAGAUGGUUCAAUCAAGAAAAAGGGAAUGGUGUUGCCAUUCCAGCCCUUGUCUCUUUCGUUCGAACAUGUGAAUUACUACGUCGAUAUGCCUGCUGAAAUGAAAAGCCAAGGAAUUGAGGAGACAAGGCUGCAGCUAUUAAGAGAUGUGAGCGGGGCUUUCAGGCCCGGGGUGUUGACAGCACUGAUGGGUGUGAGUGGGGCUGGAAAGACCACUCUGAUGGAUGUUCUAGCUGGGAGGAAAACCGGGGGAUAUAUCGAAGGAGACAUCAGCAUUUCGGGCUAUCCCAAAAACCAACAGACUUUUGCUCGAGUCAGCGGGUACUGUGAGCAGAAUGAUAUCCAUUCCCCACAUGUUACAGUCUAUGAAUCCCUUCUCUACUCUGCCUGGCUGCGCCUUCCCUCAGAAGUUGAUGCAGAAAAACGAAAGGUGUUUGUUGAGGAAGUGAUGGAGCUCGUUGAGCUGAAUGUGCUGAGAGACGCGCUGGUUGGGCUCCCGGGAGUGGAUGGUUUAUCGACUGAGCAGCGAAAGAGGCUCACCAUUGCUGUGGAGCUCGUUGCGAAUCCUUCCAUUAUCUUCAUGGAUGAGCCAACAUCUGGCCUGGAUGCUAGAGCUGCAGCUAUUGUUAUGAGAGCUGUGAGGAACACAGUCGAUACUGGAAGAACCGUCGUCUGCACAAUCCACCAACCGAGUAUCGACAUUUUUGAAUCGUUCGAUGAGCUGUUUUUGAUGAAAAGAGGAGGGCAGGUCAUUUAUGCCGGUCCUCUUGGGCGCAACUCCCAGCAUCUGAUAGAAUACUUUGAAUCCAUUCCCGGGGUUACAAAGAUCAAAGAUGGAUACAACCCUGCAACCUGGAUGCUAGAAGUCAGCACUGCAUCAGUUGAAGCUCAACUCCAAAAUGACUUUGCAGAAAUCUAUUCCAACUCUGAUCUAUGCAGAAGGAACCAUCAGCUUAUUAAAGAGCUGAGCUCUCCAGCCCCGGGGUCGAAGGACCUGCAUUUCCCUACAAAGUACUCUCAGCCAUUGUUGACUCAAUUCAAGGCUUGUUUCUGGAAACAGUACUGGUCAUACUGGAGGAAUCCACAGUACAAUGCUAUCCGGUUCUUUAUGACUAUAGUUAUUGGACUCAUAUUUGGGAUCAUUUUCUGGGACAAAGGAGGGAAAUUCCAUAAACAACAAGACUUGGCAAAUCUUAUGGGAGCAAUGUAUGCUGCUGUUCUGUUCCUGGGAGGAACAAACACUUCUGCUGUCCAAUCUGUGGUGGCUGUGGAGAGAACUGUGUUUUAUCGGGAAAGAGCAGCCGGGAUGUUUUCAGCCCUGCCUUACGCGUUUGCCCAGGUGACAGUAGAAACCAUGUAUGUUCUUAUUCAGACACUGGUUUACAGCCUUAUUCUGUACUCUAUGAUUGGGUUCGAGUGGCAAGCUGUUAAGUUCUUGUGGUUCUACUACUAUGUGUUCAUGUGCUUUGUUUACUUCACACUCUAUGGAAUGAUGCUCCUUGCCCUCACUCCAAGCUACCAAAUUGCUGCCAUUGUUAUGUCUUUCUUCCUCAGCUUCUGGAACCUCUUCUCUGGUUUCCUCAUUCCCAGAAGUCAAAUUCCGGUGUGGUGGAGGUGGUACUACUGGGGUUCACCAGUGGCAUGGACAAUCUAUGGGCUUAUAACAUCUCAGCUUGGAGACAGAGGUGACCUAGUUCAUGUUUUCAAGCACGACGCCAACAGUUUGAACUACGUGCCAUUGAAGGACUAUCUUAAAGAUUAUCUGGACUAUGAGUAUGACUUCCUGGGAACUGUUGCUAUUGCUCAUAUUGGAUGGGUGCUCCUCUUCUUCUUUGUCUUUGUGUAUGCCAUCAAGGUCCUCAACUUCCAAAGGAGAUGA